AUGGAGCCUCGUUGCAUCGCUGCCUCGCGCAGCGCAGCGGCCAUCCCCGCGCCCCAGCGGGCCUCCCUCCGCAGGGGCGGCAAGCCCGCGGCCGUUCCGGGCGCGCCCUUCCGCUCCCGCACGGGAAUGUUCGGUCGCGACCUGACGUGCCAAGCGCUCAGCUGGCCGUCCUUCUCGCUCGGCAACUCGCGCGAGGCCUACCCGGCGCCGCACUCCAGCCCCAGGGAAGCCAACAUGCUCUCGGAGCUGCGGCGGUUCAUGGAGAGCCGCGGCUGCUACAUCCACCCCGACAUCAUCAUCUCGCACCAGACGACGACCGGCUGCCGCGGCCUCGUGGCCCGCCAGGACAUCGAGGACACGCGCGCGCUGAUGUUGUUCCCUUCCACGGCCUUUGUCGACACCGCCGAGGCGUCCGACAAGCUCGCGGCCGAUGGCUUCGACGCGGCGCACCUCGACGAUGUCGAGCUCCUCGCGCUCUACCUCGCGCACGAGCGCGCGCGCCAGAACGACUCGGAGCUGCGGCCGUGGUUGGCCCUCCUGCCUGCUGUGCCACCUGGCGCCUUCAGCGACGUCGGCGCCUCCGCAUUCGCGUGCCUGACGGACCCCCCCGUCCGUGGCGUCUCCAGGGAGAAGUGGGCGAGCGAGCUCAAGGAGCACCGCGCACGGACGGAGGCCCGUGUGGCGCGCAUGGCCGCGGCGGGCGCCACGGACGCCGGCCUGUCCCGGCAGGACCUCCAGUGGGGCCUCGGCAUGGUGGCGUCGCGCGCAUUCGUGGCCGGUGACCGUGUUGUCCUUGUUCCGUUCCUGGACAUGUGCAACCACUCGGCGUCGCCCCACGAGCACUGCGACGUGGCCUACGGCCCGGACGAGGCGCUCAUUCAGGGGCGCGAGCUCGAGCUGACCGCGCUCGGGUCUCUUCACCGCGUCAAGUCCCCGCUCCGCGCCCGCCCGGCCUCGGAGGACGGCCUGUCGACGACGGAUGAGGAGCGCGAGGAGCGCGCCACUGCCGCCGCGCGCACGGAGGCGGCGCGCGCCCCUCGCUCUCCUGGCCCGUCGAUGCCCACGGCGACGCUCGAGGACGCCUGGCAAGACUACGCGUCGCGCCACGGUGUGCUGGCCGAGGACGUGCUGGCGGUGCGGCCGCCGCGCGCAGGCCCGCCCGGGUGGGGCGUCAUGGGAGCCUUCCAGGGCCCCGGCGCGCUCGGGUGGGGCAUCGGCGCCGGCGAGGAGCUGCUGAUUGACUACCGACACGAGUGCGGCACGCCGGAGAUGACGGCUGAGGACGUGCGCGUACGGCGGAUGCUGGACGCUGGCUUCUGA